CUCCGGCGAGCUGCAGUGCAGUCUUCCCUCGGAAGCGGCAACAUCAACCACCACCAGCCGGCCGGGUUCGUUCUCACUCUCAGUCAGUCAGUCAGUGCAGCUCACUUGCUUUGCUGAUUUCCCCUGGACAAUCUCACGCGUCAACACCUAUCUCGCGCACACCGCCUCUCGGAUUUUAGUGUUUGUGGUGUCUGUUGUUGUUAUUUUUACCCCCUUGACAAGGUGUUUUCUGCUAGUGGACAGGACGCCUAAGAUGCGGACCUUUUGAAAGGGCGGAAACAAUGGCGGCUGCAACAACAGGGAACACAACGCCUCAUCAAGCCCGCCGCUCGCCAGUGCCACAGAAAUGACGUGUCUAACUACAUCAGCGAGUAGCCCUGUAAUCUUUGUAGCAUGCGGCUUCGUGAGUCUGCUGCUUCUGUUGCCGAACGCCACAGAAGGCAUUGUCAAGCCACCGCCACCUCCUUCACACAACGCUGGCGGUCAAGGGGCUCAGCAGCAGCAGCAGCAACAGCAGGCGGCGAACGGCAACGCGCCCAAGAGUUUUUGGUACGACUUCACGUCGCCCUUCACCGAGUCGUACGACGACCAGGAGGCGGCCGAGGCAAACACAGAGGAGUCACCGGGCGCGGAGGAAGUGACCACCGAGCCGCUGCCCUUCUUUGAAGACGUCGACUCCAGCAACGUCACCGCACAACUCGGCUCCACAGCCAUUCUGCACUGCCGCGUCAACGACCUAAGGGAAAAAACGGUGUCCUGGGUGCGGCGGCACGGCGAGGAGCUGCGGUUGAUUACCUUCGGCCUGCACACGUACAUUAGCGACAGCCGUUUCUCGCUGUUGUUCGAGGCGCCGAAUGAUUGGCGCCUGCAGAUCCGCUACGCCAGCGCCAGGGACCAGGGCCACUACGAGUGUCAGGUCUCCUCUCACCCCCCUCGUGUUCUGCAAGUUCUGCUGACUGUCGUAGCUCCACGAGUAGAGAUCGUAGAUGAGCGUGGUGUACCAAUGGUUGAUAAAUUCUACAAAACCGGCAGCACGAUCGAGCUCAAGUGUGUUAUCAGCCAAGUCCCGCAUCCAUCCACUUACGUCACUUGGAAGCACGGCCAGCGAAUGCUCAAUUACGACACCUCUCGAGGCGGGAUAAGUGUGAAGACAGACAUUCUCAGCUCGGGAGCCACCAGCUUUUUGUACAUCGCCAACGCCAACCAGCACGACUCCGGCAACUACACGUGCGCCCUGACCGACGUGGCAGAUGCAACAAUUUCAGUCCAUGUGCUCAAUGGCGAGAGUCCGGCGGCGAUGCAGCACAGCGGCAGCCGCCUGCUCCUCGCGGGGCCGUGGCCGCUGUGGCCGUUGGGCCUGGCGACAUCGGCCGCGGCGCAGCUGCUGGUGUUCAACAACCGCUGGAUCCGGUGAUAAGCGGUGAACGAACUGUCGCUGGGGUGUUUUUAAGUGGGUCGUGCGCGACGACAUGGUGUGCGUCACGCUGUGAUAAGGACACAAGCAAGUUGCUGGAAACGAGACUAAUCAUCUCGGUCGUGAGAUGCGCGAGUGCGACGCCUGCCCAAGUGGUAAACAGGUGAUUUCGUUCAGGAGACGUCGCGCACUUGUUGGUGUUUCUGUUGUUACUGGUGGAAGAUGGUGUCUGUUAUCAGCAUUCGAUGUGACGAAAUAGCAAAAGAAAUAUCGUUUUUAACUCGAGGACUGAGUGCGGUCCGCAUCCAGCUGGAGACUCACGCGCGCCAUCCGAGAUAGAGAUCUCGUUUUGGUACACUUUGAUGUUUUCUUGGGAAAUUUCAUCCGACAUCGCAUGAGACGUUCAUUCGUAAUUGUUUUCUUUCGGAAUGUGCGACAGGAAUGCCGAUUUCCUUUUGGCAAUAUGAAACUUCUGACUAGUUUUCCUCCAUCUCUGAAAUUCCAUCCUUGAUAUCAACGAGGAUAUUUUUCAUAACCUAAUCCUGACGCCUGUUAAUUAAUACGGUUCAAAGUCGGGCAAAAGUUGGGCAAUUUUAAUGACGCCUUUUUCUGCAACAGCGAAAGUUUUCUAAUUAAUUAGCUUUGUUUUCGACUCUUUGUCAGCUCGUAAGGGGAAGUUUGCGUUUCAGAGCUGGCUAAUAAUCGUGGUCGGUCACGGGCGCAGUGUUCUGAAAGUAACCUGAUCCUCCGGCGCUCGCACAUUCUGCAGCCAAGUUUUUCGGUUUUCACUCAUCACCAUUCACCACCGUAUACUAUGUAAUUCUAUUCGUAAAUUAUCGUAUACAUGUCUCGUGAAUUGAUGUGUUAACUUAACGAGGGAUAGAAUGGGUUUUUGUGCAGAGAAUCACGAAAAAAGAGAGUUGAAUUUGCCAGCCUCCGCUGAGUGAGCUAAUUAGCCUGUAUUGUCCUGGGAAGCACUCUUUCCGAUCUUUUGAAGUCGAAAAGCCUCUUAUUUUUUAGCUUGUUUUAAUUCACUUUGCAGCGGAAACCUCCACAUCAAACACUGAAUUACACGCUGAAACUUCAGAGGCAGAGUUCGCCUAGUUUACCCUUUCGCCUGUGUCGCGCUAUAAUUCAGCAGAGGCUCUUUGCUCAUUGGAAUUCGCCUUGACGACGAUAUAACAAAUUUAUUCUAUCUCUCAGUGGGCGAAUGUUCUGUAAAUGGCAAUUAACAAAUAAAAAGAGAAGAUUUACGAGAGAAAGACGAAUUACUUAAGAA